CACUGCAUCAGCACCCCACGGCCCCAACCGAGCCAGAAACUCCGUCAUCCCCGUCUUUUGGAUUUCCAUCUGAUUCUCGAGCCCGCGCUUCCCUUUUUCCUUCUUCCAUCGUGUCCAUUUCCAUUAUUCACCCUUACAACAAUCGUCUUGUAUCCUAUUGUUCUUCACUAGUCUGCUUUUCUGCCUCUACCAACACUCUCGCCACUCCUCCUCCUCCUCGUCCCCCGCAUUCACACUCUCUGCCCAUCAUGUCCUUCAUGGGUGGCGCCGAGUGCUCCACGGCCGGAAACCCUCUGAGCCAGUUCCAGAAGCACGUCCAAGAUGACAAGACCUUACAGCGCGAUCGCCUCGUCGGCAGAGGCCCCAAUCAGAUGAACGGCUUCCGCAGCCAGGCCGCCAAUGCUCCCCAAGAUGAGAUGAUGAACGGAUUCCUCAACAACGGCCCCGGCCUUCAACAAGAAUUCCCCAUGCAGGCCGGCCCUGCUCACAUGAACCCGAUGCAGCAUGCUCCCAUGCGCGCCAGCUCUGCGUCGCCAUCAUGGGCGGCCGACUUCAACUCACAGCCUGGCAUGGAGUCUGCCUUUAAGCCCCCGCCUGGUGCUCACUUCAACCCCGAGGAGUUUGCCCGCUUCCAGCAAGCCAAUGGCCAGGCCUCCUCGGCCCGCGCCAGCCCCAUGCAGCAGACUGGCAUGCCUAUGCAAAGCGGAAUGCCAAUGCAGAUGCACCGGCCCAUGAUGUAUGGCGGUAUGCAGCAGAUGGGUUACCAGCGCCCCAUGAUGCAGCAGAUGCAGCCGGAACUCGCCGAGCAGCAGCAGAUGGGUAAAGGCAAGGGCAAACUUGUCGAGCUUGAUGAGAACCAGUGGGAAGAGCAGUUUGCGCAGCUCGAGCUGCAAGACAAAGAGGCCGCCGAAAAGGCCAAAGAAGACGAAGAGGCCCAGGCCGGCGAGCGCGAGCUAAACGACAUUGACAACAAGCUUGCCUCGGAAACUAAUGAGUUCGGUGACUUUGAAUCCCUUUGGCGCGGAAUCCAAGCUGAGAAUGAUACUGCUAGUGACUUUGACUUCGACGCCUUCGACAAGCAAUGGACCAACGACGUCAUGCCCGAUUUCCAGGGUCUCGGCGACUGGGGCCGCUUCGGCGAUCCAGUGGUUGAGAACUACCUGUUCGAACAAGACAACUUUUUCCAAGACGAAAAGAACGCCUUUGAGGAGGGUGUGCGUGUCAUGAAGGAGGGUGGCAACCUUUCUCUUGCAGCCCUCGCCUUUGAAGCCGCCGUCCAGCAGAACCCCGAGCACGUCGACGCCUGGGUCUAUCUCGGCACCGCACAGGCGCAAAACGAAAAGGAAACCGCUGCCAUCCGCGCCCUCGAGCAAGCCCUCAAGCUCGACCCCAACAACCUGGCGGCCCUCAUGGGACUCGCCGUCUCUUACACAAACGAGGGCUACGACUCCACGGCGUACCGCACGCUCGAGCGGUGGCUGUCGGUUAAGUACCCCAACGUGCUGGACCCCAAGGACCUGCAUCCCGCCGCGGACAUGGGCUUCACGGACCGCCAGCAGCUGCACGACAAGGUCACCGACCUCUUCAUCAAGGCCGCCCAACUCAGCCCCGACGGCGAGCACAUGGACCCCGACGUCCAGGUCGGACUCGGCGUUCUGCUCUACGGCGCCGAAGAGUACGACAAGGCCGUCGACUGCUUCCGGUCCGCGUUGCACUCGUCCGAGGUGGGCACCACCAACCAGCAGGAGCAGCUUCACUUGCUCUGGAACCGCCUCGGCGCGACGCUCGCCAACAGCGGCCGCUCCGAGGAGGCCAUUGACGCCUAUGAAAAGGCGCUCUCGAUUGCCCCCAACUUUGUCCGUGCCCGCUACAACCUCGGCGUCAGCUGCAUCAACAUCAACUGCCACCAGGAAGCCGCCUGCCACUUCCUUGCUGCCCUCGAGAUGCACAAGUCCAUUGAGAAGUCGGGCCGUAGCAAGGCCUACGAGAUCCUCGGCGAGGGCAAUGCUGCCCAGGUCGACGAGACGCUUGACCGCAUGUCGGCGCAGAACAGAAGCAGCACUCUCUACGAUACCCUGCGCAGGGUCUUUACGCAGAUGGGCCGUAGGGAUCUCGCUGAGAAGACGGUCCCCGGUGUUGAUCCUGACGUCUUCCGCCCCGAGUUUGACUUUUAGAGUAAAAGUUUAGACUGACAAAAAGACAAUAUAAUGAUUACGACGAUAACCACAAAAAAAGACGAGCAAGAGGAAGGCUGAGGCGUCUUUCAUUACCACCUAUUUUUAUUGUUACCUUUUUCAGAAAGCAUAUCGUACUCUGCUUCACUCAUUCGUUUUUCUUUUAAGCAUAUACGGGGAGGAGCCUUGAGCACUCCGUCGUUUUCAUUUCCUGAUAUCUUUGUUUCGGGCUGAGCUCCCGCUGUACAUUUUACCUCUUAGGCUAUUUGGUUUAUAGAUGACACAAAAACCUCGGCAUUCAAACACAAACACACACAAACAGAAACUGUACAUGUUGUACUGUGACAUGUACUGUGAUUGCGUAGAUGGUUUGCGUAUCGUCCAAGUGUUGCGUCAACGGGUUGAGUGUUCCUCACAUGACAAAUUCUAUUACUGCGGCUCCAAGGAGUGAAUGGAUGCUGUUUAAGGAGAAUGCUCGGGAUGUGUCUCGUACGACAGCCACUACUGGUCCAUCAUCACCAUGUCAAAGCGUAACCUUCUAUCCACCACCCCACCGCGGCUCGUACAGGCCGACGUCGACGACUCCCAGCGUCUUUUACGAUCCCUAGAAUAUGACACCUGACAGCGUUCCCAGUUCUGGACGGGCUAGCUGCCCGCUAAACCCGUAAACAGAACGUCCUUUACAGCUAGCGCCCGUCCCGACAACCCUUCUUCGUGAAAGAAGAAAAGGCGGCCUGUGAGACAUCCAUGUGAUACCCCCAUUUGGCCCAACGCUGAACCCGCUAGACUUCCCUAGCUCAGGCGCUUCUGGUGUAACUAUGGUGAAUAUGCUACCCUGACAUUAGGAGGGGUGUUUGCAUGUUUCUCCAGGGUUCUCUGUCUUUCCCCGCCGUAUGCUGGAAAGAGCAGCCUGUCGCUGUGUAAGUCGUGUCUCGCCCGCCGACGAUGCGGAGGAGACACAGGCAGGGGCGUUGGUGGCAACAACACGGGCGCUAGAAAGAUGAUCUGUAUGUGCCAAAAACAUGGGAAUUUGGCCGUUUCAUGAAACCACAUACACAGACGUAAAUAAUCAAACACCGAAGCUCAUCGGGACGGGAUACCCACCCACCACUACCAGCCAGCCGGUGUUUAAGACAGGCACGUUUGCCACACGCGGCAUCUGGGAAAGGCAGGCAAGACAAUCGGGGGUUACAGGUCAGUUUUCGGGGGCCUUUAGAGUCGUAAAUGUCUUGCUGGUGGAUAGGCGAACGGCUUUUUGCUGCGCAUGUCUUGGAAUUUUGUCGUAGGCUAGGGCGUGGCUGCAGUACAGCACAUGCCACCCUUCUGCUUGAUCCUUUGAGAGGGAAAAAAAAAAUCUGUGGAGGGGUCUUUUGAACAGCCUGGAGCCCCUAGACGGAAUAGAUUGCUUAGCUUGAAGAGGAGGGGGCGUACAAUACAGCAGCACAGAAGAGGCAAGAUGCUUUCUCGGCUCGAGCAGGACAUCUUACGAUUCGGCUUCUUUUUCUGGUUGCGGCCCGCGCGCAUGGGCGUCUGGGCCGGGAAAGCCUAUUUAGCUUUGAGAGUUGCGCGGAGUUAAUCUAUGUUGCAACAUGCUUAUAUGAUAAUGCUACCCGCGCUCGCACGAUUGAUGAGCAAGCGGGAAUCUUGAGGCGCGCAUCGCGAGGAGCGGGUGCGUGCGCCGAUUCGAUAUCUCGGUUUGAAUGGCGCUAGUGAGACGACGGCACCGAUGCACACGCCUUGCCAAUCAAGUUUGACGCAAGGUUUAACUGGAUGGUUACAUAGCGUUCAGGUCUAACUGGCGGUUGACAACGAGCUUUGCAUACUUGCAAAGAUAAAAAACGAAAGUCAAUACAAGGACAGGCUGAGCGGCUUUCAUGCCGUAACCGUGACAAACUCGGGCCAGUCUCUAGGAAUAGUCUAACUGUGGUAGGCACAUCGGGGUACCUGCAUGCUGAUGGCCGUCGCCUCGGUUGGCUUCCCAAUUAUUGGCAAUACGUGGAGGUGGCACCGUGGUAAAUUCGUUUCUUGAUUUAUUUUUUAUGCAGCGAAACGAUGGCAAUGCGCGUGAUGGGGUGCCGCUCAAUAGUUUGGCUGUUUGGUGACGCCCAGUGGAUGAAGCAUGACUUGCGUUGUGUUUGCUUUUGUGAUAGGCUUAUGGCUUGUUCCUGGCAAGCCGCAAACCGUAACAGUAAGGCCAAUCAGACUACGUCACACUAUUGCUCUGAAAUCUCAGUCGCUAUUCCAAAUAAUUCAGAACCAGAAAGGAUUCGCAGGUAUGCGUGGAGGCAACUGUAGCAGCCUGGCCCCCGCUGUGUUCAGCCAUCUUUCAAAGCCACGAGCUCUCGCAAGGUGCAAACGUGGAAACAAAAUGGGCAGAGAGGGGGUAUCUGUUUUGGACGACUGUGGAGGCAAUAGGCGGCAAGUUGGGUCACUGAAACAACCUGCCCGAGACAUGGCCUGUUUUUCUGUUGCCCCAUGGCCAUGGCCACGGCCUUCGCAGUCGGAUCCAAUCCCAUACUGUUGCCGGCCGCUGUGAAAACGUGACAGGACAUUCCAGUCCAAGUCGAUGCCAGGGUCCGUUUUCACAGGCUACUGUCCUAGGGUGAGGCGUCGCUUGAUACUGAUACCCUGUUGGUGCUUAACAGCCAAACCGACUCUCCCAUAAUGGCACGAACAGGUAUCCACGACGUUGGCGUCUGGCGUGUGUCUAAUAUCCAAUAACGCACCCAAUAAUCUGGGUCACGCCCAUCAUCAUAUAAUUAAAAAAGAAAAUAAAGUGACGUCCAUUACAAGUGAACUGUAACACUGCACGUCUGCUUUGCUUAAUUGACGACGCCACGAGGCCGGGAAGCAAAAAGCAAGCUGACGCUCCGCCUGGUGGCACGGGAAGCACAGCACCCGUUUUACCGUCGCGUGGCCAUGCAGGAUCCUGUUUGCGCCAUCAGGCAGGUCAAAAAAGCAAUUCUUGAAAGCCAGGAACGCAAACCCAAUCAAUAACAGACAGCCGAGCCUACACAAAAGCGGACCUUUUUCCGCGUCGCCGUUCGGCCAUAUUGUCGGAGCUAGAACGAGGGUUCAAUUUGAAAGGUCUACCGCUGGGGUAAUACAGCAGCGAAUUAGAAGAUUGUAAGCGUGUCGUCAGCUCUCCCCGCUUGAGAAGCUGUUGAAAUUGGAGGAGGCUGGUGAUCCGUACUGCAAGAUCUCGCCGUGAAUUCCGCCCACCGGAAGGCCUAAUUAGCCCUGCAAGCUGCUUAUUGAUAUGUAGCAAGUCACACCGCCCGUGUAAAGUCGCAGUCCCGUCCACCACAACGUCAAUUCAAGUGGAACAGGCAACAAAGGCUCGAGUUGGCAUAAAGGGUACCAAAGCGAAGCUGAGCUUUCUCGUAUGGAUGCUGCUGCGGCCCAAUUGGCGUAACCGCCUGGUUGCCAUGCCGGUUGAUUUGAGGAGAUGCAAGAGACCCAUCGGACCGCCAGCAUCAACUCAGCCAUUGCAGCGCAGAUCGAGGGAUGCGGCAGGGCCCCGGACCAAUUAAGACUAAAAGCUCAUCACUGCAUAUGCUUGCCAAAACCGUUUCGCACAGGCUCACAGGUGUGCAAGGGUGCCAGUGGGUUUUGUUAGUAAGAGGUAUUCGGCCCAUGUGCACAAAAACGCCCGUAGGCAGAUUGGUGGUCUGUCAGAUGUGUCUGGCACGUAUUUGCGCCGUACCAAAUGGGCUGACAACGACUCAUGUUUUUGCACAUGUCUUCUAAGAGACGGGUGCGAUCUGUUCAGUAAAUCCAUCGCCGGCUCGAACUGGUUGUGUCAAUUGCCGACCUCCCAAUCGAGUAGCGAUUGACUUUGUCAGCGCAGCGUGCCCCUUUCUCGGCCGCCGUUUCGGCCGCUGCCUGUUGGUAACCAUCCCGCAUGUAAUAUCGCCGAGCAGGGCAAAGCAACGGUGGGCGAAAGCAAAUCGGUCUUGUCUCACCGAGUAGGCAAGGCGCCCAUUACAUUCAGCGGGGUUCAUGAUAAGAUCAU